AUGCGUUACUCCAUCCCUAUCGUCGCUGCCUUCGCAGCCAGUGCGUCGUGCAUGGCUCCGUCCGAGGCCCUGGAGGAGCGUGCGGUCAAGCUGUACACACUCGAGACGGCGCCUGGUGAGACCGUUGAGGUGACCGAGGACGAGAAAAUCCAGAUGAUUGACGACCACAUCCACUUCUUCGACAUCACCGAGUGGAAGGAUCAUAAACCCGCCAACAGCGAGGCCAGACUCAUGGCUGCGCGCACCUAUCCCAGCUCGGUCAGCCACAAGGCUGCCGUCGAGGAUAUCAUCGCCAAGGUCGACCUCGACAAGGUCAAGAAACAGAUGCAGUGCUUUUCGUCGUUCCACAACCGCUACUUCAACUCGAGGUACGGUGUCGAGGCCGCCGAAUGGCUGUACGAGGAGGUCAAGAAGGUGAUCAAGAACAGCGGUCACCCCUUUGCCUCGUCACGCCUCAUCCAGCACCAGGCAUGGUCGCAGCCCUCCAUUGUCGUGUCGAUCCCUGGCCAGGUUCGUCUCAAGACUGUCAUCACCGGUUCUCACCUUGAUUCGGUCAUCUCGAACGAUCGUGGUGCCGGCCGCGCCCCUGGCGCUGACGACAACGGCUCUGCGUCCAUUAUGCAGCUCAACAUCCUCGCUGCUCUCCUCGAGGACUCCCGCAUCGCCGAGGGCGACCACCUCAACACGAUCGAGUUCCACUGGUACUCGGCCGAGGAGACUGGCCUCUUGGGCUCGCAGGACCUCUUCAACACCUACGCCCGCCUCGGCAUCCAGGUCGAGGGUAUGCUGAACCAAGACAUGGUUGGCUACGCCGGCCGCGACGGCAACGAGCGCUUCGGUCUCAUUGUCGACAACGUCGACCCCGCCCAGAAUGAGUUCCUCAAGCUCCUCAUUGAGGAGUAUGCCGAUAUUGGCUACGAGGAGUCCACCUGCGGCUAUGCCUGCUCAGACCAUGCCUCGGCCAACCGUAAUGGCUUCCCGUCCGGCUUCCUCUUCGAGGCGCCAUUUGGAAACCACAACCCUUACAUCCACACGCCCAACGACACCAUGGAGCACAUCAGCUACGACCACAUCAAGGAGCACGUCAAGGUUACCUCUGGGUAUCUGUACGAGCUUGCCCACCACCGCUUUGCUUGA